UAUCCAUGGUUACAUCUGCUUCCUUCUUCCGGUAGAGUGGCGAGGGCGUCCCAUCAUCUGUUUGGCUUCUCUUUCAUACACUUCCCCUUAAUCAAGAGUGCCCUCCACAGCUGCGAGUGUAUCUUGAUUUGGAGUGACACUCGGUAGUGAAGUGGUAGUGGGUAGGGAGUGGUUUGGGAUUGAGCCCAAGAGACAUGAGACGGCUUUAAAGAUGGCGGACCUCGAACGACUUCCGGUUCAAGUAAGGAGUUAGCUGUAUAAAAUGAAGGGACUUGGGACGUAUCCCUUGUCGUCAAUUGCAACUGCAGCAUGCACUGAAAGGAAAGAGAAAAAGAACGUGAUUAGGAAGGCAGCUGUCAACAUUUUUUAACAUUUUUCUCAUUUUGGCAGCCAUGGGAGCAUCGUCUUCUUAUCCCGGAACGGGGGAGCUCUUUGUGAGAAAAAAUAGAGCUAAGCUGAUCCAUGGUGUGAGCAACGUUGAACCAAUUUUGGAUGAGCUCCUCACCAAGGGAGUUAUUCAACAGGACAGUUAUGAUAAAAUCAGUGCUCUCCCAACCUCGGCGGAGAAGAUGAAGGAACUCCUCGAUGGUCAUCUGAAAACUGCUGGAGACAAAGAAAUCUUUUUCAGCAUCAUUGAGAGACUGGAGCCUCAUCUUCUCACCGAGGAGACGUUACCACUUGAUGCACAGCGUGGGAUUAAUGACCCAGAACCAGUCCAUAUGUCACACAAUGAUCCUCUUUUGAGUGUGGGGGCAACAGGAAGUGAUCUGUUCCCUGAGCAUGACUGGAUUAAACUUGAGCCUGAAGUGAACUGUGUGGAUGCAGACGAUGCUCCAAUUUACAGCCUGCAGUCUGAAGCAGGUGCCUUUGAAUGCAGUGUGUCUGGCUUGCGCUGGGUUUGUAAGGAAAAGGUCAGCUUCAAGUACCAGUUUUGCUCUUGGGAGGGGCACAAGGACAGAAUGAAAACCAAGCAGUACAUCAAUGAAGGUCCA